ACAUGGAGUACACUUCAUCCCCGAAACCGCAGCUCUCAUCCCGGGCAAAUGCUUUCUCCAUAGCCGCCCUGAUGUCCAGCGGGAAGCCCAGUAAGGACAAGGAGGCGGAGGAGAACACCAUCAAGCCUCUGGAGCAAUUUGUGGAGAAGUCCUCCUGCAACCAGCAGUCCCUGGCUGACCUGUCCUCGCUGGACGGGCAUGGGGACUUCAGCGGGAGCGCGCCCGCGGUGUGCACGGAGCCGCUCAUCCCCACCAAUCCAGGCAUCCCGAGCGAGGAGAUGGCGAAGAUCUCGUGCAGCCUCGAGACCAAAGAGCUGUGGGACAAAUUUCACGAGCUCGGCACUGAGAUGAUCAUCACCAAGUCCGGAAGGAGGAUGUUUCCAACCAUCCGAGUCUCUUUCUCCGGGGUGGACCAGGACUCCAAGUACAUCGUGCUGAUGGACAUCGUCCCGGUGGACAACAAGCGCUACCGAUACGCCUACCACCGCUCCUCCUGGCUGGUAGCCGGCAAGGCCGACCCUCCUCUGCCCGCCAGGUUGUACGUUCACCCGGACUCGCCAUUCACCGGAGAGCAGCUGAUGAAGCAAAUGGUUUCCUUCGAGAAAGUGAAGCUGACAAACAACGAACUGGACCAGCACGGACAUAUCAUCCUCAAUUCCAUGCACAAAUACCAGCCGCGGGUCCACAUCAUAAAGAAGAAGGACCACACUGCCUCGCUGCUCAAUCUCAAAUCUGAGGAGUUCCGCACCUUUGUGUUCAUUGAGACGGUCUUCACGGCUGUCACAGCCUACCAAAACCAGCUGAUAACCAAACUGAAGAUUGACAGCAACCCGUUUGCCAAAGGUUUCCGGGACUCCUCACGGCUGACAGACAUGGAGAGGGAAAGUGUUGAGAAUCUGAUCCACAAGCACUCAUACGCCCGGUCGCCGAUCCGAACCUACGCGGGUGACGAGGAGAACCUGAGCGAGGACGGACACGCCGCACACACCAGAGGUUCAGCGUUCACUGCCUCAGACAACCUCUCCCUGAGUUCCUGGGUCACCACCACCUCAGGUUUCUCAGGUUUUCAGCACCCACAGUCCCUAUCAGCCAUGGGCACAGGCACCGCUGCACUGCCCCACCCCAUCCAGGGCUCCCUACCCGCUUACAGCCGCCUGGGCAUGCCCCUGACGCCCACCGCUCUGGCUGGAACCAUGCAGGGCAGCGGUCCCUCCUUCCCCUCCUUCCACAUGCCCCGCUACCACCACUACUUCCAGCAGGGGCCCUAUGCUGCCAUCCAGGGACUCCGCCACUCCUCCACUGUUAUGACACCCUUUGUAUGACUCCAUCCUGGGGAGGAGAUGGAUGAACCUCGCUCUGACACUCACCCCUGAUCUGGAGCAUCAAGUUAUUUCCUCACUCCUCAUCCAGUUUGUAUCUUUCCUUUUGGUCUUUGUAAAUAGAUACCCGACAGUGAGUAAGGUGAUGAUGCGGCGUACUGACAGCCAAUCCAAAAAGGACUGUGGCGCGCGCUUCUUUGGACCUGCGGAAACACCAGUAGAUCCUGUGGUGUCUGUGAACACUUAAAAGGCACAGUACAAACACUUGUGACCUCAAUACAAAGUACAAAACAUAAUGCAAGAUGAUAACAGGAGCAUGUUUGGUCUCAGCCCUUCUUGAACCUAAAGUGGAUCUUUGACUCAUUUUAAGAAACAAGUAGAAAGCCCCGUCUUCCUCUAAACAGUCACUGGUUGCAGAGGGGCUCGACUGGCUCUAACGAUGGCAGGCUACCGUGCUGUCCUUCAAAAUGACUCACGACUCCACCCGAUGGACACCAAGGCUCAGUCUGUGAACAUUUCAAGCAUGUCAGCAGGGCGGAGUAGCCAUCUCAGGUUUCCUCUGUUUUGGAGAAAGCCAGCCAUAUGUACAGUUAGAACUCGACACUGUUUGAAAUUAAUGUCAAAAAACGUGUUAAAAUGCACUGUACAAAGGCAGACGUGCCACAUUUACUCAUAGGAAAAUUCUCACUGUAGAGUUAAACAAAUAAUAGGACGCAUGCUGACCGCAGUAGACAUACACACUUUAUAUGGAAGAAUAUGGGAUAAAAAAAAAAAAAAAACACAUGAAAAGGUGAAUUUUUUUUUCUUUGUUUAAAGGACCAGUUAAUGGAAGCAGUGAAGCUGCUCGUACCGUGGAUGUAUUAAAAGAGCUGGAGACCAUGCUGAUGCUGCUGAGUUUGUCCUUGUGGCCACAGUGUUGCUACCAAAAAUAUCCUUAUAGACACCCAAAACUGAAAUUCAAAGUUAAAGUUAAUACUAUUUGUUUAAAGAACUUUCAGCCAGUGCUGGUUUUAGAUUUAUAAAACUUUUGCAAUGAUCAAGAAGUGAUUUGAAAUUGAGAUUUUAAAAGAAAUCUGAGCAGGAAAGCUAGAAAUCUUUUUUUGUUUGUUUGUUUUAGCACUUUCAGGUAAUUUCCUUGGCUGGCACGCAGCCACUGUGGUUUCACACAUUGGUUUGUGGACAACCAUUUCAGUGCCUCGCUCGUCUCUUUUCUUUAACCAGAUUUAGAUAGGACUGGCAAGCUAUCAGGAAAUACUGGUGCUGACAGGUUCAUUUGAUGAUAAAAGCACUUCUGUAAUUUGCUGUAAUAAUAAAGGGGAUGCUAAUGUAGGCUAGUUUAAAAAGAAACAAAAUAGGUUUUAAACUAAAUCUUUUGGGGAAAAAGUGCAUUGAGGUGUCAUUCAAAGGGGCCACACUUUUAAUUAUGAGUAACUUAAAGAAGAAGUACAUUUUAAACUGCCGAGUUAUUUAAAAAUUGAUCCCCAGCACAGUUCAAAGAGGAAAACAGCUAUAGUGGCCAAAACUGUUUUUGUAGCAGGCUGUAAACCUGAUUAAUUCUUGUGUAAAUUUGGGCGUUUUUAAGUAAAUCAGGGCUGGCUCACUUUAGCAGCCAGCCUCUAGUGGCUGUUUGAGGAAUUGCAGUUUUUCAAUUUAUUGCUUAUUGAAUCUCCAGUUCUUAUAAUACAUCCACGGUAAUCACACACAGAUCUUUAAUGUUCAUCUUUGAAUUUAACACAAGUGCCACCACUGACCAACAGCAAACUUUCUUUCUUGCUAUCAUGGCCUGAUAAAACCCAAGUUUAUCUAGGUGAGAAGAAUUAACACAAAUACAUUUCAUGAUUUUUUUUUUUUUUUUAAGAUACCAGAUCAGCUUUACUUUAGCAUGCAGUUUAGCUCGGUGAGUUGUCUUUGACACCCGAAACAAAAAGUCUAACAUGCAAUGAAGAAACACCUCAUCACACAAAGUGGCUCUGUUUAAACGCAAUUUCACAAAGACAGGUGAAUUUUACUGUCACUGUCUGGUUUGACUGGACUCUUAACUAAAAUCACUUCAAGGAUGCCUGUUUUAAAAUAGCUGUAUAUUAAUUUAAGUGAGUGAAACUGGUGGUGUGGUCCUUUAUAAAUCUGAGUACAUUCACUGUGAUCAGUUUUAUAUCAGAAGGCAGCAGAGUGAACAGUAGAAACAUAAACCCUGGCUGCUCCCUCUUUUCAACCCUCUGGUGGUCAGUCUUCAUCAGGUGUUACAGAGCUGUGUGUGUGUGGGGGGGGGUGGGGGGUGUCACACCUGGAAAUAAUGGCUCUGUGGUCUCAUUUAAUGCGACUCGCACACUCAGCUCCAGAAACUCACCAUCAGAGUCAUUUAAUUUAAAAGCUCUAAAGAAAUGAAACAGUUGAGGUCAUUUUAGUGGUCUGUAAUUGAGUCCUAAUACCUGGAGUUAGAAUGAUGAACCACCCAGGCCAACAUGCAGACUGACAUAAACUUGAACCGAAUCUGUAUUGGUGUAAACUCCAGGAUAGAAAAGUGAUAAAAUAUCCUCAGUCACUUAAACUUGAAAAGCAUGGUGUCUUCACAUUUUACAAGCCACAGUCAUUUUUUUUUUUUUUGAUGUCCUGAAUGAAAACCAUGAAAAUCCAUUUAGUUUGUACAAAAUACAUGAAAAAAACCCCUGAAAUAAUCGUUUCACUUCACUGAAAGAGGAGAAAAUAUCUGCUAAAAUGGCUGGUAUGAAUGGAGUUUUUUUUUGAGACCUCACAUUCAUGCACAUUUUCAUUAAAGGUGUCACUUUAACUUGCCUGCAGCUGCAAAAUGAUCCAUACAGGUAAACAUUUGAAAUUACACUGAAAGACCUUAUAAAUGUCCCAGUUUGACUCAUGCCACAUGUUAACAUCACGUGUAGCCAAACGCAGCAGAUCACGGGUGGAAGUGUUGGCAGCAGUUGAUUUUAUUGCAUCUGGUUAGUGUGCAGGAUGGGAAAUGUCUGCUGUGGAAAUCCAAGCUUUUUUGUUGUUGUUGUACAGCUUUGACUGAACUUUGAUUUCCACUGAUGUAAAUGUUAAACACCUCUGAGUCUCAACUCACCACUGAAAAUAAUCUCGUUUUAAAAUGUUUUGUUUUUAAUGCCAUGAUCUGAAUAUGACACCCAGUGAGAUUGUGUUUUGAUGAUUUUUAAGUGCAAUAUAUUUAUUUUAUUUUGCUGUCUGGAAAUAAUGUGUAAUGUACUUUGU